AUGGUGAACGAGACAGAAGAAGGAAGAUUUCUAUCCUUGCCUGCAGCCAUAACGCUAUCUGCAGUUACAGCUACUAUUUUGCUACUAGACUUAAUAGGGAAUACGUUGGUGUUGUGUGUGGUAUAUCGUCAACGAAUGAAGCCUAACGUACGAGUAGGAAACAUCUUCAUAGCUAACCUAUCUGUGAUCGACUUGUUGAUGGGAGUCGUCCUAAUUCCGGUGUCAAUAGCUGUAACUUUGCAGGGAAGAAGAGUUUUAACGGAUGCAGGGUGCAAAAUUAACGGUUUCUUCAAUAUAUUCGUCGGCUCAGCUUCAAUAUGGACGUUGGCAGUUAUCAGCAUCGACAGGUUUGUUGCUUUGUGUACAUUUUUCAUUUCGUUAAUUAAAUUGUGAGACAACAUAAUCUGCUGUAUUGUUGCUUGCAGCUGCUCGAAGCCGUUUGAUAUUCUACGAACCCUCCGCCUAUCAUAUGAACAGGAAUUGGCCAGUCUACUAUAAAUAUCUGUUCUAUUUAAAGGGCAUAUGACUCGAAAAUUGACGGUGUUAUUUUUUAGUCCAAUUUUAAAGGUCAUUGAAAACUGUAGAGUAACUUCUUUUAUAGACUUUUGUUUUCUUGCUUCGUUUUGAAGAUAUUUCAUUGUGUAUGAUAUGCAAAGGACCAACUUCUACGUCACAUAAUUAUACGCAUAAUGUUUUAGCACAGCUAAAAGCUGUAUAUCGUUAAUACGACUAGACACAAUCAGUAGAAAACCUACAUGGGUGUUGUUGUGGACAAAUCUCGUGCUCAUCAUUCAUUUUGAGCGAAUUUAUUUGAUAGUGACAAAAUUAUCUAACAUUUUAAAGUAAGUCACUAAGUCAUUAUGCAUGUGUGACGUAGAAAGUUGGUCCUUUGCAUAUCAUACAAAAUGAAAUAUCUCCAAAACGAAGCAAGAAUCUGUCAAAGAAGUUACUCUACAGUUUUCAAUAAUCUUCAAAUUAGACUAAAAAAUAACACCGUCAAUUUUCGAGUCAUAUGCCCUUUAAAACUGAGCAGCAGCGUCUUAUCAGAUAUAAAGAUACGAGGUGAAGUCGAGUAUCUUUAGGUCUGAUAAAACACGCACUGUGGAUGUUAUAAAUUGCUUCAAAAACGAUCGAUCUAGUAAGUUCAUUGGCGAAGUAAUUUUCAAAAAUAUGUUGUGUAAGUGGAGAAAAUCAAAGUUAAAGUUUAUGUAAAUCAAUGGAAAUCUCUAUCACGCGUAUAUAAAGAUACGACACGCUAUGAUUUUUCUUUGUGCUUUCCUCAUGAAUUAUUGAUGAGUUUUUGAAAGCUUUUUAAUAAUUUUGUGUAACGAACUGUAUAUAAUGUAAUUUAUUUUCAUUGUCUUCACCUAAAUUUGCAUGAAUGAUUCACUUGAAGAAAGAUAUAUUUUGACUUGUAUAUGUAUUUUGGCGUUUUAUUAAAAUAUAUAGCGAUGUCAUGACGUUAGGCGACGUCUAGUCAGUUAGUUUUGAGAAGUUAUAAAUAGAUUGCAUAUAUAUAUAUAUAUAUAUAUAUAUAUAUAUAUAUAUAUAUAUAUAUAUAUAUAUAUAUAUAUAUAUAUAUAUAUAUAUAUAUAUAUAUAUAUAUUUAUAACUACAGACGGUACCGUUUCGGCCUUUUGGGCCUCAUAUGAAAGUAUACCACUAUAAAUAGUUACCUUUGAUAUCUCACAAAUGUGGGACAUCAAACCAUUGCCAGAGUGCUCAAACUGCAAGCAGUAAGCAUGCGCACAAUGCGUAAGCAGCAAUGGCUGAUCCUGUAGAGUGCUCAAUAUGACACAAAGGCCAUAGAGCAAUAUCUAACUACAGACGGUACCGUUUCGGCCUUUUGGGCCUCAUAUGAGCAGGAUGAAAGUAACCACUAUAAAUAGUUACCUUUGAUAUCUCACAAAUGUGGGACAUCAAACCAUUGCCAGAGUGCUCAAACUGCAAGCAGUGAGCAUGCGCACAAUGCGUAAGCAGCAAUGGCUCAUCCUGUAGAGUGCUCAAUAUGACACAAAGGCCAUAGAGCAAUAUCUAACUACAGACGGUACCGUUUCGGCCUUUUGGGCCUCAUAUGAGCAGGAUGAAAGUAACCACUAUAAAUAGUUACCUUUGAUAUAUAUUACAGCAUAUAUAAUACGCAAAAAAAUUGCCAAUGGUAAUUUUGUCUUGUAUAUACUUGGCUGAUUCAGUUCAUUUAUUGAGGCUAAUCCUUAAUCUAACUUCUAGUUGCAGAUCACUGAUUUACUGACCGAGAUGUAAAUCACCCCUAAGAAUAAAAGAAAUCAAAUUAUCGUACUAUUUUUCCUAAUUCCUUUUUAUAGCUACUGUUAUUUUAUACUGUAUUUUUUAUUUUGUUCUAAUCUGAUUUUAUUCAUACUGUAAUUUUUAAAUUCUCCGAUUGCCGCCACACCACUCUAAUUAUAAUUUCGUUUCGUUCGAUUUUAAUUUAUGAAUUUCUAACGAUUUCCAAUAUUUCUAUAUACUCGAUAGGUAUCGCGCUAUUGUUUCACCUCCUGGGAAACGUCUACAAUUGCAUCAUGCUCGAUGGUUGCUUCUUGCCGUUUGGAUUGUAUCAUUCGCAAUGGCCCUUGCUCCAAUAACGUUUUUGGGUGAAUACAAACGGAAUACGAAAAGCACCAAUUGUCGUCCUGUAGGGCAGGGUUAUAUACUACUCUUAUCCGUGGCAUGUUUCCUGUCUCCUUUCGUAACCAUGACAUAUUGUUAUUUGAAUGUUUAUCUUAAAGUCAGAAGGCAACGAAUACAGCUUCAAUCAUGGACAUCGAACAGCACCAACAUGAAAACGGAACUAAAAACUGCCAAAAUUGUCUUCACAGUUUUAGCGGUGUUCCUCGUUUGCUGGUUACCAUUCGUUACGGUUUAUAUCUUGUCAAACAGCGGCAAAUCGCAGGAUAUUUCUCCUGUUAUAUUUCUGUUAAGUGGUUGUUUGUCAGCAGCACAUUCUGUAUGUAAUCCAGUUAUCUACUUUACCAUGAACAGAUCGUUCAGGAAUGACUUGAUGGCCUGGUUUCCUGGUCUACGCAAAUUCUUUAACACACGAGAUUCGGUUACACAUGCAGCAACAAAAAGCAACAAAGCUGCUGCUGUAAUGGAAAUAAAG